AAGUAAACAGCACCGCAAUAAUAACAAUACGUGGUGGUAAACAUUAGUAACUAUACAUGUGGAAUUGUAUAGUAUUCACAUUUAAGCAGUUUGUUGUGACUAGCAACUUCACCCGGAAGCCUUUCACCGGUACACCUGGAAAAAAAAAACUUGUAGAGAAAAAUGAACAUGGCAUCUGCAUUUAGCUCAACUUUUCUUGUGUAGUUCUGUAAGUAAACCUGGUGCCUAGAAAAGAUGGCUUCUACAUCCGACUCGGAAAACCCGUCAGUUUCUAAUGUGGAAGAAAACAGAAGUCGUCUGUGCGAUGAGUUUGCUGCAAUAACGGGAAGUGACAGCGCUGUGGCUCAGUGCUACCUGGCUGAAAAUGAAUGGGAGAUGGAGAGAGCUUUGAACUCAUUCUUUGAGGCUGAUAUGGAGCGAGUAUUUGCAGUAGAAGAUUCUCCUGAGAGGGAGACUGGCCCCAAAACAAAGAGGCAGAAGGUUGAGGAAAAGCCUCCAGGAGACUGUAUAGAUUUGACUGCAGACAGUCCAGCCUCCUCACGCAAACCCUCAGAAGAAGAUGACAAUAAACUGUCACUGAUCUCCUGGAACGUGGAUGGACUUGACACAGACAACCUUGCCGAGCGUGCCAGAGGCCUGUGCUCCUUCUUAGUCUUAUACACCCCUGACGUGGUGUUCCUACAGGAGCUAAUUCCACCUUACGUCCAGUACUUGAAGAAACGGGCCGUCAGCUACCUAAUCAUUGAAGCUGGCGAGGAAGGUUACUUCACUGGGAUGAUGCUGAAGAAGUCACGAGUCAAAUUUGUGGAGAGCGAGAUAGUAACUUACCCCACAACUCAGAUGAUGAGAAAUCUGCUUGUAGCUCAGGUGGACUUCAAAGGUCAGAGGCUGUGUCUGAUGACGUCCCACCUGGAGAGCUGUAAAGGCCAAGCAGAGGAGCGGAUGAAACAGCUGCGAGUGGUGAUGCAGAGGAUGAGAGAGGCACCAGACAAUGUCACCGUCCUGUUUGGAGGGGACACCAACCUGAGGGACGCUGAGGUGGCCAAGGUGGGUCUGCCCCCAAGUGUCUGCGAUGUGUGGGAGCGACUGGGAAAGCAGGAACACUGCCGCUACACAUGGGACACCAAAGCCAACAGCAACAAGACUGUUCCUUACGUCAGUCGCUGCCGCUUCGACCGGGUCUAUUUCCGCCCAGCUAACAAGGACGGCGUCCCACGCCAGGCCCCCGAUCACAUGGCCCUGGUGGGACUGGAGAAGCUGGACUGUGGACGCUACAUUAGUGAUCACUGGGGCAUCUACUGUAGCUUCUCCGCUGGGUAGAAAUGCUCCAAACAACCCGAAAAGGGCCAGUUAAAUCUUUUGUUUUAGAUCAGCUGAUCUAAUAUGUUUUGUGUGUUUUACAGUCCCAGUACAAACCUCAUCAGUGUUGGGUUCAAACCACAGUAACACUUCCCUGUGAAAGAAGAUGUUCCGACCUCAUCUGUAAAUCUUGGUUUGAUUAGUUUUAUCCUCUAAUGUGCCUCUUGUUGGAGUCUCUGCUCAACCUUUUUUCCCCUUAGAAUAGCUAAAUAAAUGUAGAAAGCACCAAUAAAUGUUUAAAUAAG